AUGAUCAAUUGGUCCAAGUUUGCUGAUCCACAUAACAACGAAUCGGCUCACUUCAGCGACCUCAUAUAUCCUCCUGAUCAGACGAACGUCCGGGCCGUUGGCACUUUCGACCACGUUGGCCGUCUGUUGAAUAGUGAUUUGCUUGGCAACGCUGGGGAUCGUCGCUUUGCCAUCAGUCAGGACUCGGCAAUCCGCCACUCUUACGACUUCUACACCAGUAAACUGGAUCAAAUACAGGGAGCAAUCGAUACGCUCGAUCGGUACAUUGAAGCGCAUGGUCCUGUAGGGUGCGACGCUACCAUGUCGGCACCUCCCACGGACUACAUCAGGCGCGAUGUAGUAGGCAUGGGGCCUGUGCCAGCCGUCCUCGACAGGUUACCCGACUUUCGGAUCUCGCCAGCACCAAUACUUCGACCAGCUGCGAUGCAGUCUCCAGCUUAUACCAGUCUCGCCUCACCAUCGACAGCAAGCACCGUCGGAAGCCAGAGGUCUAGUCAUAUUUCAAGAGCUUCAACGAGCUUGACCAGCAUUAGCUCAACUCGUGUAUCGAUUGCAGAUCUGUUGAACGCGCCGCCUGAGGCAAAAACGCCGGCAGAAGAUGUCCUCUCUCCAGAUCUUUCACACUCCUCAAUGACCUCUCAUCGGCCAUCUCAAGCACUUGUUGAUUCAACGCUGGACAACAUCCGAUCAGCUCGUGGCAUCAUACGCCCUCACUCUGGCGAAUCACGCGAGAAGCGACUUUCUAGUCUGCCAGUAGUCAGUCACCACGACGCUGACCGCUCUCCAGUGCUCAAGGGUCGUUCUUUCAGAGCAGCGCGGAUGCGCAGAUAUUCAAAAACACGCGAACGGAAGGAAGCUAUGUCGGACCCGCUCCCUGUUGCUGUGCUUGAUCGGGUUCCAAAGCCCUCAACACUGAUACACACCCAAGUUGACGGGCGUAGCAAUACAGAUCUGGGCCAAUGGUACGAUGGCAUGCCGAGACGACGAUCACCCUCGCACGACGCAAACGCACCAUCGAGAUCUCAGCAGGCGCUGUUGAUGGCUGGUCAGAUUUCUGGAGCAGAUGACCGUGACACGCAAUCAGAUGCCGGACCUGUUCGCGGACGGCGUCACUCACCAAUGUCCUCCCGUGGGCUGACAAUAGACGUCGACUUGAGCUCAGACCCCAGUGCAGAUGCUUAUGCAUAUAACCUCGAAAAGGGCGAUGUCAACCCCUCGAGGCACACAGCGUAUGGUUAUAUAGCCGGAGACGCACGUCCUAGUUUCACAAGCAUCUAUGGAACGGGUGCAGCUGCUGCGCGGCAAAAGCUCCGUGGACGACCGCGAGAGCGUAGCAAGGGUUCAUCAGGGAAGAGCGGAUCAAGACAAACGGCGCGAGAUACUCGAAAGAAUGCCGAGACAGAUGACUCGUACUUGCCUUCAAGCAGUCCCGCAGACGAUUCUGGUCCUUCGAAAGAGAGCGCCCUCGAACGCUCUGCAGGUGUCAAGCGCUCACGGUCAGUCGCAUCGUCACCCGACCUCCGUGCGGACCGCAAGCUGCUUAGCGCAGAGCUCGUCAAGCGCUGGACUCAGACGACAGUGCCCGAAUCCUCGGCAGACCAUCCGUCACCACUAGACGAACUACUACGAGAUCCUGAAAGCGAUCACGCCUCUCGCCACAAGAGGAGGAAGGUCAACCCGAAAUCUGGUCUGACCUCCAGUGCAGGCUUCGAGGAUCUGGAUGACAGGGAAAGGGCGGAGCUGGCUGCUGCCCAAGCAUUAGUGGCCAAAUGGCAUACACCGUCCUCGUCCUCAUGA